AGAGCUGAUGCAAAAGAUGUGGUUACAGAAUUCAAUCAUUUUUGAUGUCAUAAAUGUUAUUUACAACGUGGUUUGUCAGAACGUGAACAAUGAAUUUCAGUGCAUGUGCAAAGAGGGAUUUACUUGGAACUCAGCAUUCUGUAGUAAAUACCAGCCUUGCAGUGGAAAUUUCACAUCGGGUCAGACCUGUGACUGCAUCAGGAGUGAACCAACAGAAGGGACAUUCUGUGAGCCCACUGCCAUAAUGACAACCACUACACCAAGCAUUAUGUCCACAUCUACACCAAGAAGUACAAUACCCACAACUGUGUCAGCAACAACAAUGACCCCACAAGAUAACCUAGUACAUCAGAAUCAUGCGAUCAGAGAUGGAGAAUUGGCCUUUGUAGAAGAAUUAAAUAAUCGGUCCUCGUCCUUGUUUAAAAAUCACUCAAAACGAUUUAAGGAGUUGUUGGAAAAUGCUUACCGAAUUGUGGACCGUGAUGCUGUGGUAAACAUUUUAGGAUUCACGACACAAGAAGGACCCUUUAACCAGGCUGGAGAUGAUAAAAUACCAUGCAUUGAUGAAAAAUAUGGCAUAACAAAUUAUAACACUUCUGCAAAACUCCAAUGUGAAAAUAUGAUGGGAACAAAGACAAGCAGAUGUGGAAAAAAUGGACUGUAUGAACAGGAAUUAAAUUUCUGUGUAUCAGAAGAAAUCUACAGAAUCUGUGAGGAGUUAAAAACAAAUGACUUGGAAAAAACUUUUCCCAGUACUCUCCAACAACUCUCCUGUGCCACACGUGGGGACAAUAUAACCAGCCCUGGUAAUGUCAAAGCUGUGGUUGAUAUUCUGUCAAACAUUUCAACUGUGAAUUCCACUGUUAAUGAAACAGAUAUGAAGAAUUUCUUGCAAACAGUGAGCAGAAUGAUCUCUUCUUCAUCAAAGGAUACAUGGGAAAUUCUCUCAGACUCAAGUGAAAAUAUUCGCAACCCUAGUUUUCGAUUACUAAAGUCAGUGGAAAAUUUUAACACUCGUUUCAAUAUGCAGAAUAAUAGUUUAGAUAUCAAAGAAGAGAAUCUUAUGUUCAAAGCUCGUAGAAAUGUCCAUCAAGAUAAUAAAACAUCUAUUAAUUUAAACUUUGAUAAUAUUUCCACUGCAGAAUAUGACAAUUUAAGUGCAACUCUAUUCAUUUCACCUGAAAAACCUAAUGAGGCACCAAAUGUCACAGUUAUCAGUAUUGCAUAUCCAACCUGGAUUGAUAUUUUACCCAGUACCACAACUUUUGAUGGAAAUUUUUUGAUUAAUAGUCUCGUCCUGACAGUAGUAAUAAACAUUAAGGAACCUAUUAACGUGAAGAUGACCUUCUCACUAAGAAAUCGCACACUAGAUUUCAACACUGCAGUUUGUGGCUUUUGGGAUUUUACAGGCAGGGGUGCAUGGAAUGAUACUGGCUGUGAGCCUGAAAUCAACGAAGAAAAUAUCACAUGUCACUGUGACCACUUGACAUCAUUUUCGAUUUUAAUGUCCCCUGAGACCAAAGACAGCCCUGCUUUGAAUUAUAUCACCAGUAUCGGAGUUGCCAUCUCAAUUGGAAGUUUACUAAUCACUAUUAUUAUAGAAGCCAUAAUGUGGAAGCAUGUGACCAAACAUAAAAUCUCAUAUAUUCGCCAUGUUGGAAUUCUAAAUAUUGCAGUAAAUCUGCUGGUCGCUGACGUAUGGUUCAUUGUGGCUUCAGCUGUAGAACCAGGAACACGGGCUUGCACAGCUGCUACUUUCUUCACUCAUUUUUUCUAUCUUGCCUUAUUCUUCUGGAUGUUAACCCUGGGCCUGCUGCUUGUCUAUCGUUUACUAUUCCCUUUCCAUGAUCUCAGCAGAUCAGUUAUGAUGGGAAUAUCAUUUGCCGUUGGUUACCUGCCUCCAUUGAUAAUCUCGAUCAUCACAAUCGGAGUUACCUUUCCAAGAAACAGUCACACCAGAGAAGGUGCCUGCUGGCUCGGCUGGGAGACUGAAUACCCUCUGCUUGCAUUUGUUAUACCUGCAUUGGUUAUAAUCGCAAUCAAUGUCAUCAUUCUGAUUAUAGUCAUUUUUAAGUUGCUGCGACCAACAAUUGGGGAUGGAUCCAGAGCCAAUAAUCAGGAAAGGGAAGCAUUCAAACUGAUUGCGAGAUGCAUUGCUGUGCUAACUCCAAUCCUUGGACUCACCUGGGCAUUUGGAAUACCAACCUUUCAACAAGGUUCCCCUGUUGCUUUCCAUUAUAUAUUUACAAUUCUCAAUGCUUUUCAGGGACUCUUUAUUUUGGUCUUUGCAGUGUUGCUAGAUAAUAAGAUACGGCAUUCCUUGAUGAAGAAGUCUAUGUUGUCACAAUCCUCUUCCAAAGCACAGAGCACUUCUACUGCAAACUCUCCCCCAAAAUCCUAUCAUUGGUUUCAUUCUAGAAAGAAAAGCUACAACUUAACACACGAAUCACGCUCAAGCAAUAAAAACCCAUCUUUAUUGUUCUACUCUGAAUUAACUACCGGAGCGCAAUAGAUAACACUGCUGCUCUUCGUCUGUAGAAGAAAUUAAAAAACAAAAAUCAAUUUACUGUAUAUGAAGCUACUUUAAAAGUUAUUUGAGAAGAAAUUAUUUUUCCUCUUAGAAAUAUAUAAGAAUUGUGGCAUUAAGCACCUAAUAAACACCUUUAAUUUAUUGAAUGGGGAUUACAAAGUUUUCAUUGUUCACUGGGGCUAUAGUUUACAUCAACUUAAAAACAGAACAUUUAGCUCAGUCAUAGAACCCUUACAAUCCUUAGAAAGAUGCCAUUUGGCCCAUUGAGUCUGUACUGAUACUCUGAAGAUCAUCCCACUCAAACCCAGCCUCUUACCCUAUCCCUAUAAGCCUGAAUUUAUUGUGGCUAAUCUAACUAACCUGCUCACCUCUGGACACUGUGGACAAUUUAGGAUGGCCAAUCCACUUAACCU